UGUCGCUUAGGCGUCAAAAUGGCGGCUGCCGGCGACUUUCUGUGAUAACGUCCCUUCAAAGUUUGUACGCAGUUUGCAAUAUCUCAGCAGAAACUUCAGGAUGGAUUCCAGUCUUACAAAUCUAGACUCACCAGAAGCACAAGCUAUUUUGGGAAAAUUGUUAUUAGAGUCGGGUGGGGAUCACAGUCAGUAUGGAAGAGGAGAGCCUACAGAAAAGGAAUUCUUAUCAGGUGGUGUGCCAUGUACAAAAUUUGUCCCUUUACCAGGAUUCUGUGUAAAACUGAAAACAAGUAGGAAUGAGAAAGUUUUCAUGAAUAUCUGCCAGUCAGAAAAUGUUCCACCAGCUAAAGACUUGACUGAUGACGAGUUGCUGGAGAUUUUGAAAGGGGAUGACCUUACCAAGUUUCGUGUUCCUAUGAGCAUUGGAGAACCUCAUGCAGAAAUUGACAAAGCUGGUGUUGGAUGCACAGUGUAUGAUGUAGUGGUUCAUCCAGCAUUUCUACAGAAGAUACAGUCCAGCGAAUUGUUUCGCACUUUUUUUCUGACAAUUACCAGUGAAGGAAUUGAAGAAAAGUUUAAAACUGAACUUAAAAGAGAUUGGAUUAUUCUCAAAAACAGAAAAUGUGUUGGUUACCUUCAGGAGCAGAUAGUGCGACUUAAGUCCAAGCCAUUAAUUGUCGACAUGGAUGAAGGUUAUCAGCUGCCCAGUCAAGAAGAAACUGCAUGGAAAAGGCCAGGUCUUAUCCAAGAGGUGCAGGCAGCAGAGAUGGAGAAGAAAAGAGCACCAGAACCAAAAUUUAGCAUUGUGCAAGAACCUGCUGAAGGCUAUCCUGAAUAUCUGGUAGCAGAAAUACAUCUUCCUUUGGUGAAAACAGCUCAGACAUUAACACUCGAUGUGGGAGAAGAUCGCAUCUUGCUAGAAACACGCUCCAAUGUGUAUCACUUAGACAUUUACUUGCCAUACAACAUUGUGCAAGAGGAUGCAGGUGCCCAGUUCGACAGGUGCACCAAGAUCCUGACUCUGACUAUGCCUGUUCAGCCAAACAGGUGACCCAAGUUUGGAAACAAGCACUGAAAUAAACUUUCUUUAUUUGAAAUAUAA